GGAGCGACUCCAGAAGGAUGUAAGGACCGAUCCACCUUGCGCAGCUGAAGUCUCCUCAUCAAAAUGCAGAAGGGAAUACGACUUAAUGAUGGUCAUGUCACCUACCUGGGGCUUUUGGCAAAAAAGGAUGGUACAAGACGAGGGUGCUUGAGCAAAAAAAGCUCAGACAACACGAAAUGGCACACAAAGUGGUUUGCUUUGUUACAAAAUAUGCUGUUUUAUUUUGAGAACGAGUCCAGCUCUCGACCCUCCGGAUUAUACCUGUUGGAAGGAUGCAUAUGCGACAGGGCGCCUUCACCGAAACCUUCACUGUCAGCCAAGGAGUGUUUGGAAAAGCAGUACUAUUUCACUGUCAGCUUCACCCAUGAAAACCAAAAGGCGCUCGAGUUACGCACAGAAGAUGUAAAGGACUGCGAUGAAUGGGUGGCUGCCAUAUCACACGCCAGUUACAGAAACUUGGCCAACGAGCAUGAGACUCUCAUGCAGAAGUAUCUUCAUCUGCUUCAGAUUGUGGAGACGGAGAAAACAGUUGCUAAGCAACUUCGACAACAGAUAGAAGAUGGGGAAAUAGAGAUUGAAAGGCUUAAGUCAGAGAUCGCCGGACUGCUCAAAGACAACGAGAAGAUCCAUGCCAGCCCUGCAGCCGCUCCAACCGAUGAUGACUCAGAAAUCAAGAAGAUCAAAAAAGUCCAGAGCUUCCUGCGAGGCUGGAUCUGCAGGAGGAAGUGGAAGACCAUCAUCCAGGAUUACAUUCGCUCGCCGCACGCUGAGAGCAUGAGGAAGAGGAACCAGGUGGUGUUCAGCAUGUUGGACUCGGAAGCCGAGUACGUCCAGCAGCUUCACAUUCUGGUGAACAACUUCCUGAGGCCGCUCCGCAUGGCGGCCAGCUCCAAGAAGCCGCCCAUCACCCAUGAUGAUGUCAGCAGCAUAUUCCUCAACAGUGAAACUAUCAUGUUUCUACAUCAGAUAUUUUACCAGGGUUUAAAAGCCAGAAUAGCGAGCUGGCCAACAUUAGUACUGGCCGACCUGUUCGACAUCCUGCUGCCCAUGCUGAACAUCUAUCAGGAGUUUGUGAGGAACCACCAGUACAGCCUGCAGAUCCUGGCUCACUGCAAGCAGAACCGAGACUUUGACAAACUGCUGAAGCAGUACGAGGCCAAGCCCGACUGUGAGGAGAGAACCCUGGAGACCUUCCUCACCUACCCCAUGUUCCAGAUUCCCCGCUACAUUCUUACGCUCCACGAACUUCUGGCCCACACACCCCAUGAACAUGUAGAGAGAAACAGUCUGGACUACGCAAAAUCUAAGCUGGAGGAGCUUUCCAGAAUCAUGCACGAUGAAGUGAGCGAGACCGAGAACAUCAGGAAGAACCUGGCAAUAGAGCGCAUGAUUGUAGAGGGCUGCGAGAUUCUCCUUGACACCAGCCAGACGUUUGUAAGACAAGGGUCUCUCAUCCAGGUGCCGAUGAGCGAGAAGGGCAAGAUCACCCGUGGGCGACUGGGCUCUCUGUCUCUGAAGAAGGAGGGGGAGAGGCAGUGCUUUCUCUUCUCCAAGCAUUUAAUCAUCUGCACCAGGGGUUCUGGGGGAAAGCUUCAUCUCACCAAGAAUGGAGUAGUCUCCCUUAUAGACUGCACUCUUAUGGAGGACCCUGAGGGGACAGAUGAUGAGUCCAAAUCAGACAAGAGUGGGCAGGACAUGGAGCACCUGGACUUCAAGAUUGUCGUUGAGCCAAAAGACAGCCAGUCAUUCACAGUCAUCCUUGUGGCCUCCUCGAGGCAGGAGAAGUCUGCAUGGACCAGUGACAUCAGCCAGUGCAUAGACAACAUUCGCUGCAAUGGGCUGAUGAUGAAUGCCUUUGAAGACAACUCCAAGGUCACAGUACCACAGAUGAUCAAGUCAGACUCAAGCCUGUACUGUGAUGAUGUGGACAUCCGCUUCAGUAAGAUGAUGAACUCCUGCAAGGUGCUGCAGAUCCGCUACGCCAGCGUCGAGCGCCUGCUGGAGAGACUGACUGACCUCCGUUUCCUCUCCAUCGACUUCCUCAACACUUUCCUGCACUCCUAUCGCGUGUUCACCACCGCUGAUGUGGUGCUAGACAAACUCAUCACCAUCUACAAGAAGCCCAUCAGUGCCAUCCCUGCACGGUCCCUGGAGUUAUUCUUUGCCAGCAGUCAGAACAGUAAACUCCUGUAUGGAGAGCCACCCAGCUCGCCCAGGGCCAGCCGAAAGUUCUCCUCCCCUCCUCCUCUGGCUAUCGCCAAGAACUCAUCCCCAAACCGCCGGCGCAAGCUCUCCCUCAACAUUCCCAUCAUCACUGGGGGCAAAGCUCUUGACCUGGCUGCCCUCAGCUGCUCCUCAAAUGGCUAUGCAAGCAUGUACUCCUCCAUGUCCCCAUUCAGCAAGACCACCUUAGACAUCAACAAACUGUACGUGUCCAGCCCUAUCGCGAGCAAAAUACCAGACGAGGGAGAAGACAAGAAGGACAAGGCGGAGGAUACCUCAGCGUGCAAACAAGAUUUGUCAGUACGAGAAGAAAGUGACAAUGAUCAGAACCAAAGCGAUGAUGCAGAUCCAGAAGCCUCUCCUACAAAGUCACCAACCACCCCAAAAAACGUCAAAUGCAAAAACUCCUCAGAGUUCUCCUUGUUUUCCUACAACAAUGGCAUGGUGAUGUCUUCAUGUCGAGAGCUGGACAACAACCGCAGUGCCCUGUCUGCUGCCUCUGCCUUUGCUAUUGCUACAGCUGGAGCCAAUGAAGGCACCCCUACCAAGGAAAAAUAUCGAAGGAUGUCCCUCGCCAGCACAGGUUUCCCAACUGAUCAGAGAAAUGGAGACAAAGAGUUUGUGAUCAGACGAGCAGCGACCAACAGAGUUCUAAAUGUCCUGAGGCACUGGGUGUCCAAACACUCUCCGGACUUUGAGAGUAAUAAUGAGCUGAAAACAAAGGUUAUUGCCUUCCUGGAGGAAGUGAUGCAUGACCCCGAGCUGUUGACCCAGGAGAGGAAAGCAGCAGCUAAUAUCAUCAGGACUCUAACUCAGGAAGAUCAUGGUGACAAUCAGAUCACCCUUGAAGAAGUGACACAACUGGUGGGUGCAGGAAAGGCCGAGCCCUUCGAGAACCACUCCGCCUUGGAGAUCGCAGAGCAGCUCACCUUGCUGGACCACCUGGUGUUUAAGGUCAUCCCAUAUGAGGAAUUCUUUGGACAAGGCUGGAUGAAGAAUGACAAAAAUGAGAAGACGCCAUAUAUCAUGAGAACAACAAAGCACUUCAAUGAUAUAAGCAACCUCAUCGCCACAGAGAUCCUGCGCUGUGAUGAUGUGGUCACUCGAGUAGUGGUCAUUGAGAAAUGGGUGGCUGUGGCUGACAUCUGCCGCUGUCUCCAUAACUACAACGCCGUGCUUGAGAUCACCUCUUCCCUCAACCGCAGCUCAGUCUUCCGCCUCAAAAAGACCUGGCUCAAGGUUUCCAAGCAGACGAAGGCAUUGAUUGACAAGCUGCAGAAGCUGGUCUCAUCAGAGGGGAGGUUCAAAAACCUGAGAGAGGCUUUGAAGAACUGUGAUCCUCCCUGUGUGCCCUAUCUGGGAAUGUACCUCACUGACCUGGCUUUCAUUGAGGAGGGAACACCAAACUACACCGAAGACAACUUGGUCAACUUCUCGAAGAUGAGAAUGAUUUCUCACAUCAUCAGAGAAAUCAGGCAGUUUCAGCAAACAGCUUACAAGCUUGACCUUCAACCAAAGGUAGCCCAGUAUCUAAUGGAUGGGAGCUCUGUUCUGGAUGAAGAAAGCAUGUACGAAGCCUCGCUCAGAAUUGAGCCUAAAGUGCCCAACUGAUGGGGAAGAUGGUCCUCCAUGUUAUUUUCUCUGUUAAUAUUACACAUCAGUUAACAUACACAUCAACUUUUGUAUAGUUGUACAUGUUUAAGAUAUCUGCUCUUCUGUACAGUAGACGUUUAAGGUUGUUUGACGACAUGAAACAUUUCAAUGUAUAAUUUUUGUUUGUUACAGUUGCCAUGAUGCCACCUGCUUUAGGAUUUUUUAAAAAUGUCUUUCUUUUGGGUAUUUCAAGCAUAAUAACAGAGGUCAUUUUGCAACCAAAUCUUUGUGACCAAUGACGUUAUUUUGUAUCGUCUCAUGCUGUGUCGACUUUGCACUUUCUGAGCACUCGUGCUGCCGGCCAUUGUUCUCUUUGUUUGAGUUUUAUCGACAACUGAGUUUCUCUGCAACCAAUGUAGCAUUGUAAAAAUGUAACUGCAUCAAAUCAGGUAAAAGAGCACAGAGAAUUUAAUUGUACUCAAAGAUGGGAGACUAUGUUUAGUGGGGAUGAUGGCGAGGUCUCUGAAGCAUAACUGUCUCUGUGCUUCCCAAACCAAAACAAGAGGGAUUCGUUUCUCCAUUUCUGCUCACUAGUCUAAGACAGGGGUUCCCAACCUUUUUUGCACCACAGACCAUUUUUAUAUCAACAGUUGCAUUGAGGACCAGCUGACGAGACAGACUAGAUGGAAACCAAAGCUCUGUUUCUCUCUUUGGUUACUUAAAUUAAAAGAAUACUGCUGAAAGGUGGUGAUGACAGACUGUUAGCUUACUUACUGAUAACCUCCUUUAAUUCAUGAUUAAAAACCAACAUAUUGUUUUUGGGUAUGUGACAGGGGCUGCUACAUUAUUUUCGAAGCCUUAUAGCAAAUGUUUCAAAGCCCAGUAACAGGUUGGGAACCUCUGCUCUGAGAUAAAUGUCAUUAUUAACCUAAAAUUGACAAAAAUUUAAGUGUCUUUUUAUUUGUUGUCAAGAGAUAAAGUCUUUUCUUAGCCUGUUGUCAGAGGACCCAAACUCACCUCAGAUCCCUCCAUUAAUUUCAUCUAAUCAGUUAUAAUCUGUAUGUAACAACACACAGCGAUAAAGAAGGCUUACACCUCUUUAGUUCUGCUGUGAUUUAAAGUGAUGGAUUUGUCACCUGAAGUUACUGUUACACCUGGAAUUUGCCAGUACAGUAAAGUGAGUUUUCCUUUUGUUCAAAUUUCCUUUUUCGUUUGUUUUUAAGUUCAACUCAUGAAAAAAGAUCACACGCGGUGGUAAGUGUUGUACCUUCAGGUUCGGCGAUACUUCUGUAGAGUAAAAGGUUGUUGCUCUUCUGUAAUUAAAAGACAAUCUGUCCUUUUUGCUGUUCCAGUGAUUGUGGAACGUGACUGUAUAUCACUCUGUUAUAUGCAUUGCUGUUUAACAAUAUGAUAAAAACGUAUGUGAAUGACCUCUGCCUGCAGCAUUCAAACACUAUUUUUGUAGUAGUAUAAGAGAGUGACCUGCUCUUUAUAUGAACAUGGGAAAGUAUUUUGUACUUUGUUGUUAAUUCACCUCACUGAGAUGUGCUGUACAUUUUGUACAUGCGACCCUGCAUAUUUCUCAAUGUGGAACAGUGUAAUCCUUUAAAAAAAAAAGUAUCUCGAGCUUAAACACAAAACAGUGUGGUCUUGAAACCAUGACUUAGAGGUAGGAGAGCAACUUCAAAGUGUUUUGCAUUUAUACUGUAAUCCUGUCUAUAACCAUUUCUGUUAGCAGGAAUAUAGUAAUGUAGUGCUUAUUCUGUGAAUAUUUGUAUGUAUUUUUACUAUGUAUGUACAGUACACUUUUGAAGCUCAUGUGGCAGGCAUGCAACACCUUCACAGACAGAAUAAUACUAUAUACUUAUACUGUAUACACUUAUACAUGCACAUACUCUUAUAAGGUAUAUAAACAAAUAAACAUUUUGCUGUUAGCAAUACCCAGUGGUAUGAAAAUUAUCUUUCAACCCUCAUGUUUCCACACCUUAAGAAAUAUUCCCAGUUUUGUAAGAAAAAAAAACUGAAGAAUGAAGAUAUGAUGACAA